AUGGCCACUUCAACUCGUGUUAAGUUUUGUGAAGGUUUCUUUUACACCUUCAGAAUUAUCGUGGAGUGGAUUAUAGAUUUUAUUUUCGGUUUUGUAUAUAAUGACAAAAAAACAUUACAACUUCCUGAAGUCACAGAUCAAUUGUUAUUGAAAAGUGCAACAUCUUUGGCCAAAGAAAUAAGAGAAAAGCAGAUAUCUUGUGAAAUUGUCAUAAGGGCACAUAUAAACCGAAUCAAACAAGUGAAUCAGUUUUUAAAUGCAGUGGUUGAUGAAAGAUAUGUCGAUGCUAUCGAAGAAGCAAGAGACGUCGAUAAAUUUUUGGCUGAAACAGAUCAAACUAUCGAUGAAAUCGAGAUGUCUAAACCUUUAUUGGGAGUCCCCUUUACUUCCAAAGAAAGUACUCAAGCAAAAGGUAUGGCUUUUACUUGUGGCCUCGUUGCACGAAGAGGAGUGAAAGGUACGGAAGAUGCAAUUGUAAUCGAAAGAUUGAAAAACAGUGGUGCAAUUUUGAUAGCUGUUACCAAUAUGCCAGAAAAUAAUUUAUGGUGUGAAGCAAGGAAUAAUGUUUAUGGUCAGACGAACAACCCUUAUAAUUUUUCUCGAACUGCAGGUGGAUCAUGUGGUGGAGAAUGCUCAAUCAUUUCGGCUUGUGGUUCACCGAUUGGAAUCGGAACUGAUAUUGGGGGCUCGACCAGAAUGCCGGCGUAUUACUGUGGUGUUUUUGGCCAUAAACCGACAACAGGUUUAAUGCCAAUAAAUGGGUUUCCAUUUUAUACUGGAGAUGAAGUGGAUUCUAUGGUGACAUUUGGAACUUUUUCUAGAACUGCCAAAGACAUAAUUCCUUUUUUAAAAGUAAUGAUGGGUGAAAAUAUCAAAUCGUUAAAGCUUGAUACGAAGGUGGAUUUAAGAGACAUCAAGGUCUAUUAUUGUUUAGAGCCGAAAGACUUAAGAGUGAGCCCUGUUUCAACAGAAGUAAAAUCUGCAAUCUUAAAGGCUGCGGAGCAUUUGUCUAUAGCACCCAAAUCUGAUGCGAAACAGAUAUCCUUCAAUGAAUUCAGACAUAGUUUGUCUUUAUGGAGGCAUGAAAUGACAAAAGAGGAUGGGUUUACAAAAAAUUAUGCUCGGGAUUUGACUAAUCGAAAGGGAGAAGUAUCAUUGUGCGCUGAGUUUGCCAAGACACUUAUCUUUCAGUCGGAUUACACACUGGCUUCACUAAUGCGCAUUGUUGAUGUUAAAGUUUUACCUCCGACCAAUCCCACUUGGGCAGAAUCGGAAAUAAGUACUCUUAAGCAAAAGGUCUCGGAACUUUUAGGAGAUAACGGAGUGUUACUUUUCCCCAACUGCCCUACAGAAGCACCUCACCAUUACGUUUCUUUGCUGAGGCCCUAUAACUUCGCUUAUUGGGCAAUAAUGAACGUCCUUAAGCUCCCAGCGACACAAGUUCCACUCGGUCUGACCAAGAAUGGUUUACCAAUUGGUGUGCAGGUUGUAGCUAGUUUGAACAAUGACCAUCUUUGUAUCGCCGUAGCGGAAGAACUAGAGAGAAAAUUCGGUGGCUGGGUUCCUCCUUUUCAUCAGUAA